AUGCUCAAGCGUAAGAUCGAAGAAGAGCAGACUGAGGACACCACUCAGACCAAAAGAGUCGCCAUGGACUCGGAAAUGCUAGAGCAAGAAGAUGCAGAAAAGGACAAGCACCAGACCGCCCCAUUGCUCACAAGCACUACCACCACCACUACUGGUACUAUUACUACUACAGACGACAACACCACACAGCAACAGCCAGCAGAAGAUAUCCCAAAGAGAUCUACCCCAAUAUCAUCACAUAAGGUCCAGACAGGUGACGACCCAACUUAUGUCCACUUCCGUAUGCUCUGUCCUGUCAAAGAGGCCGGGCUUAUUGUUGGUAAAGGUGGUGAGAAGAUCAGCUAUAUCAAAGAGCGCUCUGGAGCUAGGGUUAAUGUGUCCGAGAACUUGAAAGGCGUGUACGAAAGGGUGGUCCAUGUCCGUGGACCUGCAGAAAAGGUGGCCAAGGCAUUUGGUCUCAUCACUAGAGUGGUGAUUGAUGAGCCAGAAACCCCUUCGAGCCCAGACUCCAAGCAGUACAUCCUAAAGCUUUUGGUGCCCCAUCCGGUCAUUGGGUUUGUCAUUGGUAAAGGUGGGACCAAGUUCAGAGAAAUUGAGGAAAAAUCCGCUGCCAAGUUGAAGGCCAGCGAGACCACCAUGAACUUUUCUACCGAUAGAUGUCUCAGUAUCACAGGGGUCCCAGAUGCCAUCCAUAUUGCCACCUAUUACGUCGGCCAGACCAUCUAUGAGAAUAAGAAGUACAUGCACAAGACCAAGGUGGUAUACUACAAUCCAGGCAACUCAAACUAUGGUAUGCCACCGCAAGGCGCUAUGUCGCCCCAAGGUACUGCCACUCCAGCGUUUCCUGGAGCUCCACAAUUCAACCCACCAAACUUCCAAUUCCAAGGGUUUGGGGCUCCAGCAGGGUUUGGUCCACAAAUGAUGGGGUUGAUGCCAAUGAAUAUGGGCGGAUAUAUGAAUGGCCAGCUUCGUGGAGGGCCUGGUGGGGCUGCCACCAAUGGUGGGGGUCCAGGAAACGCCGGUGGUGUCCAACAAGACGCUGGUCAGCGUCAAAUGAAACCUUAUCACGGAAUGAAUGGCGGUCAGUACCCAAGUCGUCUCUUGUCAAUGCCUCCAUCUUCUCGUAAUCACAUUUCCCUUGCUCCAGGCGCCGCACCUCAAGGAACCCUUCAACCUCCACAGAACUUUAUGCCAAUGGCAGGAAUGCAACAGCCUCAAACGUCACAGGAUAUUUACAUCCCUAACGAAUUUGUGGGAUCAGUGAUUGGUAAAGGAGGUAAGAACAUCAGGGAAAUCAGAGACAACUCAGGAGCGCAAAUCAAGGUGCAAGACCCAGACUCGUCAUCGCCAUCCGAACGGAAGAUUGUCAUCACUGGGGCUUCCAGCAACAACCAGAUGGCUAUUUACUUGAUCAACAAUCGUAUCGAGAUGGAUCGUCAAAAGAAUCAACAUAAUUACAAUAACAAUUAUAAUCACAACCAUAAUCAACCAAGUACUGCCAGCACAAACACCGCAGAGGCAUCUUCAGAACCUCAAGAGUCUGCCUAA